UUAAUUUCAGUAACAUUCCAUAAACAAUAAAGAUAUCUCUAUACACUUCCACUCCCACUUCAAACUACGCAUCAAAUUUCAUCAAUAUAAUUACAAAAUGUCAAACAGAAAUGAAGAUCCUCAAUUUGAAACAAAAAUAAUCGAUGCAUUUAAUGUAGAUGAAAAUGGUGAAUUCAAACAAGGUACUCCAAAAUGCAGAUAUGUUUAUAAGAGGUAUUAUGAAGAAAGAAGGAAACUUGAUCUAAACAAAGGCAAGACUGUAGAACGCCGACAAGAAAAUUGACUAUUUGUUGAAAUAUGUACAACAUAGCAUGGACGAUUUGAAAACAGAUUUUGUUUGUUCUCGCCGUUUACUAAUCAAACUAAUGAGUGCACCAUACGAUCAAAAAUUCCCAUUGAUCAUUUUGGCAACUAAAUUUAAAGGAACGAUUUAUUUGUGUACUCAAAAGUCGGAAAGAAAACAUGGUUAUGACUUACAAUCUAAAGAUAAACAACUCCGAUCACAAAAAUUCGGCAAAACAUUUGAACAAUACAUCUUAACCGAUGAUCUAUCAAAGGAACCGUUGCCCGAUGCACUCGAAAAAUUCAAUGACCUCGAAGAAUUUUGCUGCAUGUUCCAAUCCACACUAGAUGAGCAACGUGUUUUAUAUUGUGCUGAAAUGGAUGCUAUUGAAAGUGACGAAUUACACGAUCUUAACACAUACGAUCUAAAUGAAUGCAUUUUGUUGAACUUAAAUGUAAAGAAGACGGCGAAAAUUAUAAAUACAAGGAUAUAGAAUUGUGUGAUUGGUGGUGUCAAAGCUAUCUGGCCAAAAUUACUGUUGGAAUUCGUGACAAAAAUGGAAUUGUCACCAAUUUUAAUUGUCGUGAUGUUGACGAAAUUCCAAAGGGUAACAAAUUUCUUAUUGAGCGAAAAUUUAAAAAACUUUGAAGAUAAUCCAUAUAGCGUUCAUCAAUUUGAGCGUGAUCUAACAAAAUCACCAUAUAUUUCUUUCAAAUCUUACAAUAGCCCCAAUAGAAACCAACUCAGUUUUUUAACAGAAGAAUUUAUUAUUAGUCAAUCGCCAAGCCAUAAAAGUAUUAUAGAAGAUGUUAUCGAAUUCGAACCGAGCAAAGAAAAGAAAUUAGAAAAUUGCCUUUGGUCGAAAUUUGCAGAAUACGUUGAAAAAAUUAGAAAGGAAAUAAAUCAAAGUAAGUGUAUAGUCUAUAUAGAGGGUAUUGAAAUGUCGGAAGGAGAAGAUCUUCAAAAAUAUUUUGCUAACAUUUGUCACAUACUUGAUGUAAAAUUCAGUCGGGAUGAUAUAAAAGGAAUUGUGCGUCCACAUGAGGAAAUGAAUAAAAUUAGAGUUGAGCUGAAAAACAUUAAUAUCAAAACAGAGAUUUCGAAGAAAAAAUUAAAAACAAGAGUGAAACUCUCAGAUCUCAACUUUAGAUCAAUCAAUCCAAUUUACAUAUAUAUAAAGGGUGUUUUUUAAAGAGGUUUAGGACUUUAAAUUGGAAUAAAACAUACAUUUGUUUUUAUUUUAAUCGUGAAAAUGGCUGUAUUCGGUAGGAAUUUUUUUUGAUAUUUAUGUUUUGAAAAUGAUUUUGGGGCACUUGGUCACCUUGGCCACUUUUUAUAUAGGCCGAUCUAAAAGUCCAUUUUUGGGCAUUUUUUCGGACAUAGCCGGCAAUAUCUUUCGGACAUAGUCGGCAAAAACACCCUUUAGAUACAGAAGAAAAUGCACAUUUAGUAAGCAUACGAUUAACAUUAAAAGAUUUAAAGAAAAAAGGAGAAAUAUAUUACUAUAAUUAUACAUCUGGUUCAUAUUGGAUGCAAAAAUUUAAAAACAGUAUUCCAACCUUUAUUGGCUGCGUAGAGGAUAUCCAUAGAUACUUGAAACAGAAAGCUGAUUUCAAACCAAGUUUUGGUGGAAAUUCAUAUAUACCAUUUUUAGCUUAUCCAAAUUAUUUUCAAAGUAUGCACGAAAGAUUUACAUAUUAUCAGAUUAUACUAUUUUAUAUUUUUGUUUACGGUCUCAUAUAUUCAUUUUCACCUUUCCUCGCAAAUAUCUGUAUGCCCAUAGUAUUUCUUUUAUUAUUUAGUAGUUAUCCAAUUGUAUUACGAGGCUUUGAAAGUUAUAUGCUAAUACCUAGAGUUGAUCAGAAGAAAAGAAUGGAAAAAAUGGAAUUUGGAUGCGUAAUGGAUCGGAAUGGAAAAUGAAAUAAAAAAAGUAUAUACUUUAUAGUUAAGUAUAGUAUAUACUUAUAGUUUAAAAGCAAAAUCAAUGACCACAACAACAACAUUGCUUAAAUUUAAGAUUUCAUCAUAGCAGUAGAAGUGUUGAGAUCUUGGUAUCAUUGUUUCAAACAAUGAGAUUCCCAUUAUGAGAAUGUUCGCGUAGACGUCCGUGCUUAUCGUGAAAAACGCCAUCUUCGACCGGUUUACAGUUGGGGCAAACUAGAAAACUGAUUGUCACAAACGAUGACCAAUUUCGAUGCGGAUUGGUUGCAUUGUGCGCAUGGAUUACACGUUGCAAAUUCAACAAUUCGUAAACGUACUUGUACCUGUCGUAGAAAAUUUGAUGAUGAUGGAGAAAGAGAUUAACAUUGAUUGAAACAACAUUUGUUGAAAUUGGCUACUUCACAUCAUUUGUUGGAAUCUAAAAAUUUUCAAAAUCAUAACCUUAGUUUUGUUAGUGUUUUAGUAUCAUCUUUUAAAUUUUAGAAAAAAGAUAGCUAGUAUUUUCGAAGUCUUUGGUUCGUUUUAUCUUGGUUUAACGUUUGAUUGCAGAAAAAAAUAUUGCUUUAUUCCAUUUCGGUUUAGUAGUAAGAACGAGUUUGUCAUGAGAUCGCCAACUGCUUACGUAUCGCUAUCGAUGAAGAAAAUAAUUGUAUUUUUCCUCAUUUUCUUUGUGGCAAUUCACUUUAUUUUAUGGCAUGUGAAACAAUCAUCAACCAAAUUCAUCGGUAAAAAUGUCGAUAUAAAACCCAGAGAGCGACCGUGGUUCUUCACUAAUGGUGGAAAAGUGCUGGCAAUUCGAGCAAAUUUUUCAGAAAAAUUGGGCAGACAUGAUGCAAAGUUAAUGCCGUGGCAAGAUCCAGGUGAUCGCUUUGAAAAUCAAUUGAUGUUCAUUCCGCCAAAUUAUAAUGAGAAAAAGGUGGAGAAAAAUAAAACGAUUCUAUUUUAUAAUUAUCUCGAAAAAUGGUGGGAGCUGAAACAGCAAUGGCACACUUGGUUUACCAAUAAAAAAUGCCCAGUCAAUCGAUGUCGAUUCACAGUUGAUCGCAACGAAACAAAUACAGCCGAUUUAAUUGUAUUUUUAUAUCAAAAAACAGAUCCAAAAAUAACUAAACAGCGACAUCAAGUCUAUGCAUUUUUCAGAAAUGAGAGUCCGAUUCAUUGGGCAGGACAAUACACAAAAUCAGUCAUUUAUAACUGGACGAUGACAUAUCGGCACGACAGUACGAUUGCGAUACCUUAUUCGAAAUGGUUAUAUUUCGAUCCUCGAAUAAAGCAAAUGGAACAGAAUCGAAAUUAUGCUGAAAAUAAAACAAAAAAAGUCGCUUGGCUUGUGUCGAAUUGUGAUGCUCAAAAUGAUCGCCAGAUAUAUGUACAAAAACUUCAGAAAUACAUUGAUAUUGACAUUUAUGGUAGAUGUGGAACGAAAAAAUGUCCCAAAAAUUUUUCCGAGUGCCUUAAUAUGGUGACCAAAGAUUAUAAAUUCUAUUUAUCAUUUGAAAAUUCACAUUGUAUGGAUUACAUCACUGAAAAAACGUACCAAAACGGUUUGGCUCAUGAUGUAUUGCCCAUUGUAUUGGGUGCACGUCGUGAAGACUACGAGAGACAGCUUCCAUACAAUUCAUUUAUUUAUGCGGAAGACUUUGAUUCGCCCAAAGAUUUGGCCGACUAUUUACACAAAGUCGAUAAAGAUGAUGAACUUUAUAAUUCAUAUUUUCAGUGGAAAGGAACCGGCGAGAUACAUAAUCCAUUUGAGGAUCUUUGGUGUCGUGUUUGUGCAUUACUACAUGAUGAAUAUACCAUGAACACUCCACAUUGGUACGACGACAUAAACAAAUGGUUUUUCAACCCGGAAACAAUGAGACGUGGAUUCUGGCGUGAUACAUCAGGUUGACAUUGUGAUGAUUCAACUAAAGUUGAAUGAUACUAUCGUAUCAUCAGAUUCUUGUCUAAUUUUUUUAUUUAAAAAAAAUCAAUUCACUAAGUGACAAAUUGGCGGAAGUUUCAUUAUUCAAAAAUAUUCUUGAAAAUAAAUUGACGAAUAAACUGACGAAGAAAAGAA